CCUUCUGCUUCUCCACAGGGCGUUACUGAAAGUACAGAGCUGGAAUUCACUAUCUCUAGUCCAGCCACUGUGGUUCGAGACAAUGAAUUUACCCAUUCCUUUACCGAGACAAGCUCCGCCUAUGCGAUACUACAUAGACGCAUUGAAUGCCAAAGCUUGAUUCAAGCCUUCCUGUUAAACUGUUUCCCAUCUCCUUGGCCCCAGGCAUCCCGCUCCUGGAUUCCCUUACUUGGGGAGUUGCGUUCCAAAAGUGAAGCACUGGAGAUGUCAAGCGCAGCAGUCGCAGCCUCGGCGCUUGGACAUAUGUUUCACGAUCAUGCCUUAGUCAAGCAAGGUCUGAGCUACUAUACACAGGGUCUUAGACAGCUACAGAAAGCAUUAUGGGAUCCUAGUCUCAUGCGAGAAGAUGGAACCCUGGCGGCGUGCAUGGCUCUAAGUCUGUAUGAGGCUCUUGAAUGUCCCAAUCUGGGAUCAGAAGGCUAUUUCAAUCACUGCCGUGGUCUUAUCGCUUUAAUCCAAUCCCGCGGCCAUGGGGCACAUUCUUCGGGCACGGGACAUCGAUUGUUUCUUGGUGUUCGAGUCCCAGGGAUUCUGUUCUCUUUGAUGAACCAUACAUCGACUAUUCUGUUCGAGCCCACUUGGAUGGAACAGCCUUGGGCAGAAAUAUCCAAAACGUCUCACGAUCGCGUUGUAGAUUGCCUCGCCCAAGCCCCUGUGAUUCUCGAGCGAGUGCGGUCAUUGCCCCAACUAAGUAUAGUCCAACAGCUCGAUUUACUCCACCGUUUGAUUGGUGAAUGCUGGCAAAUUGACAAGCAGUUGGAUGCUAUUCAUGAUGACAUGCGCCAAUCAACGUCGGACGUGCUAUACUGGCAGGUGCCCUCACAAACAGAGCCUUUCUUUGAUUUUAGGAAUUCUGGGGAUUUGUUCCCGGUCGUUUUCUGUUUUCUAAACGCCCAGGUAGCUGCUACACUGAUGCUUCUUUGGGCAACGCGAACGAUGCUGUGGUCGGGUCUUUCCAAUAUGUACCAGCACUUGGAAAGCGUCACAUCCCUCCAGAAACUAAGCUGUGUGGAUCUUGGGCAAGAUUUAGAUCAAAGUCCUCUUUUGGAAGAGAUGGGUACAGUCAAUCCUAUUGACCGUUGUGGAGCGUACCUAUCCGUGGGACAUCAAGUCUGUCAAUCUGUGGAAUACUUUCUCAAGGAUGAGAUGCUGCUAGCGGGGCCGUUAACUGUUAGCCCUGCACUUGGAAUUGUGGUUGAUAGUUUACGGAAUCGCCCUGGUCAUGAUAGAGAAAUUGCGUGGAUACAAGCAGCCCUGGUGGUAGUUCGGCGAAAAGGACUUCGUGUUCUACAAGAUGUGGAUAUAUAA